CUCAGCAAAGGCCAAUAGCCUACGCCAUUUCCUUCCUUCUGCUGCCUUUGAUCUUUGACCUAUUAAAUUCACCGGCUCUGGCAGCUCUUAACCAUUAAAGAACACACCCUUCUUCUUCCUCCUCUUUCCAUUAACCAACAAGAAUCUUCAGCUUUUUCUGCAUAGAUCAUGAUCUCUAGCACCGUAAUUCUUGCUUUUUUAGCUAUCUUUAGUGGGUUUUGUCUCCUUAGAUUUUUAUCAGGAACCUCUGUUCUGCAAAUUCUUGUACGCUGUUGGAGAUCAUUUGAAGACCAUUUUCAUGUCUACCAAUUCUACAAAGUUCCUCAGUAUAAUGAACAUUUCCAAGAAAAUCGGCUCUAUCGAAAGAUCUCCACUUAUCUCAGCUCCUUGCCUGCCAUGGAAGAUUCUGAUUUCACCAACUUGUUUUCAGGUCCCAAGUCCAAUGAUAUCAUCCUCCAUCUCGAUGCCAAUCAAGUUAUUGAAGAUAAUUUCUUGAGUGCCAGAGUUUGGUGGAGCAACGAGAAAUCUGAAACUAAUGGGAAAAGAACGUUCUUGUUGAAGCUGAGGAAGAAAGAUAAACGCAGAAUUCUUCGCCCUUACUUGCAGCACAUUCUUUCAGUAGCAGAUGAGAUCGAACAGAGCAAAAAAGAGAUCAAACUAUAUAUGAAUGUGGAGAGUGAGCCUCAUGAAAAUGGAAGGUGGAGAUGGGUUCCCUUCACACAUCCGGCCACCAUGGAUACGGUGGUUAUGGAUGGUGACUUGAAGAACAAAGUAAAAGCUGAUCUUGAAUCGUUCUUGAAGUCUAAGCAGUAUUAUCACAGAUUAGGGCGUGUUUGGAAACGCAGUUACCUUCUGCUUGGUGAUUCAGGAACUGGGAAAUCAAGUUUUAUUGCAGCCAUGGCUAAGUUCCUCAAUUUUGAUGUGUAUGAUAUUGAUAUCACCAAGGUUUCUGAUGAUUCUGACCUGAAAAUGCUUCUGUUGCAAACUACAAGUCGUUCAAUGAUUGUAAUAGAGGAUCUUGACAGGUUCUUGAUUGAGAAAUCAAAGGUUGUGAGCUUAUCAGGAAUGUUAAAUUUCAUGGAUGGUAUAGUCUCCUGCUGUGGAGAGGAAAGAUUGAUGGUUUUCACAAUGAACAGCAAAGAUCAAGUUGUUGAGCAAGCAAUAAUGAGGCCUGGAAGGAUUGAUUUUCAUAUAAAUUUUCCCUUAUGUGAUUUCUCAGCAUUCAAGAGCUUGGCUAACAGUUACCUAGGAGUCAAGGAACACAAGCUUUUUCCUCAGGUUGAAGAAAUUUUCCAAACAGGAGGAGCAAGUAUAAGUCCUGCUGAAAUUGGUGAGAUCAUGAUCUCAAACAGAAAUUCACCAACCAGGGCUUUGAAAUCAGUCAUUUCAGCUCUACAAAACAAUAGUAUAGUUGCUCAAAGAUUGAGUGAGAGUAGAUCUGUAAGGUCCAGAGAUGAAAGUGGUGAAGCUGAAGGAGGUGUGUUCUGCAGAGAAAGUGUUCAUACAGUGAGAGAAUUCAGAAAAUUGUAUGGACUUUUCAGGAUGGGAAGUAGAAGAAAAGAGGAGCACUCAUUAGAUUUGGGUUCAGUAGAUAAGGAAGGAUCUAGACAUGGAGCUUGAAGUUCAAUUCAGAUUAUACAUAGUUUUAUCAGAAGAUGUCGGAAAUUAGUCUGCAAAUUUAACACAGCAAAAGCUUAAUAUUUCUGUAAAAAUAUCUCACACUGCAAAAGCUUUUAAUUUGAUCUUUUUCUCCUA